GUACCUCCAAGUAAAUUUUUUUCUGACAUCACGUUUCCGGAAAAGAGCCUGUAGGGCUGUCCUGUCUCCCGAGCCCCAUUCCUUCUUCCUCCUCUCCUCGUCCCUCGUCUUCUUCUUCUGGGAUCCAUGGACGCCACCGGGUCUCAUGCUCCACUUCGCCGCCGCGGCCUUCGUUCUUGACGUCGUCCGAUGCCUCCUUUCCUUCCAAACGGCCUCAAUAGAUCCAUCUACUCCAUCUCUUCACCUGUUCUUCUUCAGUCCGUUGAGUUCUUUAGUUCUUCGAACUGGAGGUGGAGACGAAGAAGAGGAUGGAGGUGCCUGAAAUUGCCCAAUUCGCCCGUAACUUCUCGGUCAUGGUCAGGAUUCAGGGCCCCGACCCUAAGCGCCUAAAGAUACAGAGGCAUGCUUUCCACCUUCAUCAGUCGGGAAAGACCACCCUCUCCGCCUCUGGGCUUCUGCUGCCGAUGGGUUCACUAAAUGACACACCUCCGGUUUUCGAUCACAUCUGCAGCAUCCAUGGUUACUCUGGUGCUCUUGUUGUUACGGUCGCAUCUGUUGUGGAGCCUUUCCUGGCUGCUCAAUAUAGAAAUAACCCCUCCCAGGAAUUUUUCCCCCAAUUGAUUCCCGGUGCUUGCAUCGAUGUUCUUGUAGAGGAGGGUGAGAAGACAGGGACUAAUGGGCUUGGUGAACAUGUGACUACUCCUAGUUGGCUUCCAUCUCAUGUGCUGGCUUUGGUUGAUGUUUCUGCAUCUUCUACUGCUCUUGUAUCCUUGAUUGGUGCUCAUAAUGGUCCAUCCGAGCAUUCUUCAUGGGAAUUGGGCUGGUCCUUGGCAACCUUGAAAAAUGAGAAGUUAGAUGCUUUCCAAAAACAGGUUGGGAAUGAUAUCAGGUCUUUGGUUCAGAUUCAUGGGAACCAGUCAUCUGAUGAAUCAAGUAAUCUCUUGAAAAUGGCCAAGUCUGCCACAAGAAUAGCUAUUCUUAGAGUUCCUGCUUUGGAUCUGGAGAAACUGAUACAUAUAAAUAUAUCACCACCUCAAGAGAGAGGAAAUCUUCUUUUAGUGAUGGGUUCACCUUUUGGGGUCUUGUCACCGUUGCAUUUUUUUAACAGCAUAUCCUAUGGAGCUGUAGCAAAUUGUUGCCCUUCACAUUCUCAUCGCAGCUCGUUACUGAUGGCUGAUGUUCAUUGUCUUCCUGGAAUGGAAGGUGGGCCUGUUUUUGACAAGCAUGCUUGUCUCACCGGUAUCUUAACAACUCCACUAAGACAAAAAGAUGGUAGAGCAGAGAUACAGCUGGUGAUCACAUGGGAUGCAAUAGCAACUGCAUGGGUUAAUCAGGUGCGGAAGGAACCUAAGAGAGCCCAGAAAGAACAAUCUGACAGACAAAUUGAUAGUUCUCCAUUCAAAAAGGCUCUCUCUUCAAUUGUUCUUGUUACAGUAGGCAGUGGAGCUUGGGCUUCAGGGAUUGUACUCAACAAACAUGGCCUUAUUCUCACAAAUGCACACAUUGUGGAACCAUGGAGAUUUGGAAGAACAUCUUUACUGGGGCUAACAGACAACAAUACCAUAUCAUCUGUUCAACAUGGUAUGCCUCUUUCUUGGCGAGAAGGAAAUGUUGGUGAACAGGAAAGCCAAAUCUUUUUUCCAUCACGGCUGGGAGGUUCCAGUUCUCUUGGGGUUAGUGGGCAUGGUGCAUCACUGUUGAAUUUUAGUCACAACAGAUAUGGAAACAUAUCAGUUCGCUUGGAUCAUAUGGACUGUCCAAUAUGGUGUAGUGCUAGAGUGGUUUAUGUUUCAAAGGGGCCACUCGACAUUGCACUGCUUCAGCUUGAAUCUGUUCCAAAUCAACUCCAUGAAAUCAAUCCCGAAUUCAGAUGCCCACCUUCAGGUCUAUCUGUCCAUGUUAUUGGACAUGGUCUGCUUGGGCCUCAAUCUGAUGUCUGCCCAUCUGUUUCCUCCGGAGUCAUAGCAAAUGUCAUCAAGAUACCAGGAUCCUUGCACCUCCAUGGGUCUAGUAAAAUGGAGGCUGAGACAAAAAAUAUACCAGUCAUGCUCCAAACAACAGCUGCUGUUCAUCCAGGAGCAAGUGGUGGUGCGGUAGUCAAUUCAGAUGGUCAUAUGAUUGGUCUUGUCACAAGCAAUGCAAGGCAUGGUGGAGGGAACAUCAUACCGCGUUUGAACUUCAGCAUACCUUGUGCAGCUUUGGAACCUAUCUUCAAGUUCUCAGAGAAACAGGAUCUCUUAUUAUUACAAGUUCUAGACAAACCAAACGAAGUCCUUUCAUCCAUCUGGGCAUUGGUUCCCGUACAAUCUCCAAAGUCAGAUUCGCCAUUAGAGAAGAGCAACAGAGAAGGAAAAGGAUCUCGUUUUUCCAAAUUUCUUGCUGAGAAGCAUGCAGAGUUUGCCCCUCGAAGGGAUGUAGAAGCGCUUAAUAAAGGGAAGCUCCAUAGCAAGAUAUGAUUAAGAAAAACAGUGUUGGGGUUUGGUGAAAGAGGUGAUAUGUUUGUAAUCUAAGCCAAGGAAUAAAUGUUGUUUCAAUAAUAAUGAUUAACUAUACCCUGAUGUCAUCCAGCCUGGAGUUAUGGAUUGGUUUUUAAAUA